AAAAAAUAAAUCGUAAAUUAGGUGGAAAUUAAAGAAUACUACAAUGUUUGUUUAAAUAAAAUAUAUGAAAUAUAAAUUACAACUAAUUUGUAACCCAUGGGCGUUUUUCUUAACUGCAAAAAAAUGUCGUUAGAUAAUUAUUACACAGAGUAUAACAAUACCUCUAAUUAAAAAUUCCGAAUAGCCCUGCACAAUUACUCCAACUUGAGAUUUAAACUGAUAACUAAACAAUUAUGGAGUUGGAAAAAUUAAUACUAGGAAUUGAUAUUGGAACGAGUUCGGUAAAAAUUUCAAUGUUGGACAUUCACACUUUAAAAUCCGUUUUUGCGAAAUCUUUUCCGACCAAAGCAAAUAUAACCCCUAGUCAUCAAAAAGGCGAUGAGCAAGAUGUUAUCAAAAUUUUUAGAACAUUACAAAAAUGCUUAAAAACAGCAGGCAAUUUGAUGAAAAAGGUAAAAGCAAUUGGAGUUUGUGGACAAAUGCAUGGAAUAGUUUUCUGGAAUAAACAAUUUAUCCAGCAAUUUUGGGACAAUGGAUUUGAAUUUGAAGAUCAAGAAUUUGUUUCUAAUUUAUAUACAUGGCAAGAUAAACGUACAGACUUAACAUUUUUGGACAAGUUGCCAAAACCUAAUUCACACUUAAAGACAUAUUCGGGUUAUGGAUGUAUUACUGCUCUAUGGUUAAAAGAAAAUCAACCAGAUAUAUUGAAUAAAUAUCAAUACUGUGGUACAAUUCAAGAUUUAACAGUGUCACUGCUAUGUAAUCAACAAAAACCAAUCAUGUCUACCCACAAUGCUGCUAGUUGGGGAUACUUUGAUUUAAUAAACUGUUCAUGGAAUGUAAAUAUUCUACGUAAGAUAAAUUUUCCAUUAGAUUUGUUACCAUCAGUUGUACAACCUGGAUCAAAUUUUGGAACAUUAUACGAUACAAUUUAUGAUCUACCCAAAGGCACAGUGAUUGGUGUUGCUCUGGGUGAUUUACAAUGUUCAGUUAUAGCUACAUUAACAGCAAAGACUGAUGCCAUUAUUAAUAUUUCUACUUCUGCUCAAAUGGCUUUUGUUGCCACAAAUAUGAAGCAACAGCAUGAUGGAGUUGAAUAUUUUCCAUAUUUUGAAAAUGAUUAUUUGGCAGUUGCAGCUUCAUUAAAUGGAGGAAAUGUUUUAAAUGUUUUUGUUAAAUCUGUAUUAAAUUGGGUAUCUGUUCUAGGAUUAAAUAUAACUGAAGAUGAACUGUGGAAUCGACUGUAUAAUCUUCCACCAGAAAACCAUUUGAUACCACUGAUUGUGAACCCUUUAAUGUAUGGUGAAAGACACAAUCCAAAAACAUAUGGAUCGAUAAUUAAUGUUACAAAUGAUAAUUUCACAUUGACAGAGUUAUUUUCAGGAUUUUCUAAAGGGCUUGUAAACAAUUUAAUCAACAUGAUGCCAAGAGAACUACUAUUGAGUUCUGGAAUUCAAAGAAUCAUAGGAUCAGGAACAGUCAUCACUAAAAAUCAAAUUAUAAGAGAAGAAAUAGAAAAUAGUUUUAAACUUCCGUUACAUAUAAGUAAUCCAGAAGAAUCUGCUAUUGGUGCUGCAUUAACAAUGCUUAAAAAUAAUCCUUCUUUAUUUAAUUCAUAAAUGAGUAGUUAUAAAAAUUGAUGUUGAUUUUAAGACAAGUUGUAUAUUGCCAAUUAGAAUUAAAAAUAUUUACAGGAAUAUAGUUUUUAUAGAAUAUUUAAAUU